AUGCUAUCGCUUCUCUGCCGUUCCCUGCUGCUCUUCCUUGCUCAACAGUGCCUCAGCAGGGCACAGAACAAUGGCCAGCUGCCUGCUCCUCGAGGUGGACAGUCUGUGGCCGAAAGGCGCCAGUUCUGCCAGUGGCCCUGCGAGUGUCGGGAGAGACCUCACUGUGCCCCGGGGGUGAGCGCCGUCCUGGAUGGUUGUGGCUGCUGCAAGAGCUGUGCCAGGCAGAUUGGGGAACCCUGCAAUGAGAGGGACAUAUGUGACCCGCACAAGGGCAUGUACUGCGACUUCUCAGCAGACCAGCCUAAGUUUGAGGUUGGAGUGUGCGCAUACAUGAUGGCCGUGGGCUGUGACCUAAAUGGGGCCCACUAUGAAAACGGAGAAGCUUUCCAGACCAGCCCCCUCUAUAAGUGCACAUGUAUUGCUGGAGCCAUUGGCUGCACCCCUGCUUUCAUCCAGAAGCCUGCUGGUCUCUUAGGCCCCGCCCCACUGACGGGCAGCCUGCCAGCUGGCCUCCGCGGUGGUCAGAGCCCAAAGAAGCACCAGCAGGACACUAGCUACAUGUCAGCCUGGAAGAGGAACUGCCUGGUCCAGACCACCCCCUGGAGUCCCUGCUCCAAGACCUGUGGCCUGGGAAUCUCUGUCCGCGUGAACAACGACAACAGCAAAUGUGAGAUGAGGAAGGAUCGUCGCCUGUGCCUGCUGCGACCAUGUGACAGGAGUAUUAUUCGGAGCAUUAAGAUGCCAAAGGGAAAGACAUGCCGGCCGAAAUUCCAGGCAAAGAAAGAGGAGAAGCUGAAACUCUCUGGCUGUACUAGUACCAAAAAGUUUAAGCCCACAUACUGCGGCGUCUGUACAGACAAACGCUGCUGUGUACCAAACAAGUCCCUAAUGAUCAAAGUCAACUUCACUUGCAAAGGAGGCUCCAACACACAGUGGAAGAUGCAGUGGAUAACAUCCUGCGUGUGCCAGAGGAAGUGCAACAAUCCAGAUGACAUGUUUUCUGAGCUUCGGUUACUCUAG